AUGAAAUUGACAAAGUCGAUCCGUGUUGCUGCUCCAAUUGUUCAAGCUUUGACAACAACGACGACAACAACAUCUGCCAUUGCAUUAUCAGCCAGCAACAACAUGACAUCUGGAUCUCCGUCUCGAGCACACGUUUCUUCUGCUUCAUCUGCCCAGCAGCAGCAGUGCAAAAUUUCAACCAAAAUAGCAACGACAGCCUUGGACAAGGCACGUGCCUUGGAAUUGCCAAGUCGGGAAGAAACCUUGCGUCGGGACCAGAAAGUCUACGAUUUUUGGAAUCACAACGACGAACUGUUGGAAGACGCUUGGAAGGAGUGGCAAGCUACUCAAGACUUGCCCAAAUUAGACGAGUCCUUGAUUCAUCCUAAGUUGAGACAAGUCGUGGAUGAUAUUUGGCAAAUUGUCCAAGAAUCAUCAUCUAAUGAUUUUGACGACAAUACUGUGGCAGCCCAAGAGCUCGUCCUGAAGGAAUUGUUUGACGAAGUCGCCCCGGGUACUUCCGUUUAG